AUGGCGGCCAACAUCCCGCUCGCCGACGCCGACCGCUGGGACUGGCUGAUCCAGCUGCGCGAGGCGGCGCUGCAGCGGCUGCGGGCGGCGGGCGUCGCGGGCGUGGUGGUGACGUGCUCGGCGCUCAAGCACAAGUACCGCGACGUCAUGCGCGUGGCCGCCUACCGCCACCCGUCCGUCCGCAUCCACUUCCUGUACCUGCGCGCCGACGAGCAGCUGCUGCUGCAGCGCCUGCGCGCCCGCCGCGGCCACUACAUGAAGCCCGCCAUGGUGCAUUCGCAGCUGCAGCUGCUCGAGGAGCCCGACGCCGAGGGCGAUGCCGUCGCCGUCGACUGCGCCGCCAGUCCCGCCGAGGUGCUGCGCCGCGUGCGUGCUGCCGUGCGCGCCGCCCUGCACGAGCACCCGUAG